AUGGCUAACGGUUAUGUUGUCCAUCAAAUGCUUUUGUUUGUUACUUUAUGUUUGCUUGAGGGAACACCUCCACGAUGUGACAUUUCAUUGCUGUUGGAAUAUUUGAAUCACGAAGAUUAUGAAUAUUACAUGGGAAUAGGUUAUACAAAUUCGUGUAUUUCGACAAUGAUGAAAAUUGGUUCUGAUUUUCGAGCUGAGGAUAUGAUUGCUGUUGUGAAAAGCCUGCAUGAUUUAUAUCAUCAUAGAAAAAGUAAAGCGGUAAUGCAUGAAUCAACAGUGAUAAAAGCACUACAAAUCCAGAAUAUCCAAUGUUCAUUCAAUAAUAUGUAUCCAGUUUUGAUUGGUUUCAAUCUCAAUAUUACUAUCAUCGUUAAUUUCGACAAUAUAACAAAUCAAUUAGCAGUCAUUGUGGCCGAAUCAGUACGAAAUCAACCAACUCAAUUUCGUUAUUUCUAUCGCGAUGAAAUUAACAGUCAUGUAUCAGAAAACACUCAUAUCUUUUUGACAGCUGUGGAUAUGGGCCGAGGCUUAUUACACUUUAUUAAUCAAAACAACAAUGAAUCAUCUUUUACAGGACAUGACGUGUUACAAAUAAAAAAUAUUGACAACGGUAUACGUAUUACAAAAAUUCGUUCCGAACAGAUUCACGUGAAAUUUUCGCAGUUGAUUAUGGAUCCGACUGGUGCUUAUGCAUUCUAUGCAAUUCCUGAGAAGAAUAUGCAACAAGCCGUUUAUCAAAUGAAAGUGCACUAUCCAAAUUUUACUCUCAAUGCUCAAAAGACAUCUCAAGGAGCAUCAAAAAUACUAGCCGUAAAUCAAGAUGAUCAAAUAAUCCCGAUUGAUCGAAAUGCUCUUUUCGUAUGGAAGUUUGCAGACGAGAAAAGAAGCGCAUGGCUCUAUGAAGGAAGUUCUACAAGAAAUUUGCAAAAAAAAAGAGCAUUUCAUCAAAUCGGUUGUAUUUUAUGUGGGAUAAACGAUCCAAGUGGGCAAUUAUCAGUGAAAAUUCAUCGAGUUCGACGUCAAUUUUAA